AUGGCCACCACGUAUGACAACAGCACGCCAAUCAACGCCACGGCGGUCGCCGUCGACAAGGACAAUAAGAACAGCAACACCGCUGUCCGGUGGGCCAUUGAUCAUCUUGUUAUCUCCAACCCUUACAUCAUUCUGAUUCAUGUCAAGCAAAAAAGUCAUAAUUAUGAUGGUGAUGGAGGUGAGAGUGAUCAUCACAAUGUGUUCCUUCCUUUCCGUGGAUACUGUGCACGCAAAGGGAUUCAGGUGAAAGAGGUUAUUCUUGAAGAACCUGAUGUGGCUAAAGCAAUAUUGGAUUAUAUCACCUCCAACUACAUUAACAACAUUGUAGUUGGUGCAUCAACAAGGAAUGCUCUUACAAGGAGGCUCAAAGGUUUGGAUGUUCCCAGCAGCUUGUCAAAAGCUGUGCCGGAGUUUUGUUCCGUAUAUGUGGUUCACAAAGGGAAGAUGCUCUCAGUGCGGACUGCUAGGAGGCCUGUGGUUAAUACUGUCACUCCACCAAAACAACCACCUGUGCAGGUAUUCCCUACUCAGUCACCAACUGAACAAAGUGUGGGCGAAAAUGUUGCUAAAACUCCAACAAGGGAAAGAACAAGGACUGGUCAAGAGAAAUUGGCUGCAACACGCGAGAGGACGAGGAGUGCUCCAAUGAAUCUGUCACUAGAUAAUAUUGACAUUCAAAAUGAAACAGGAUCAAGGUCUUCAAUAAGUAGCGCCCGCAAUUCCACUGCCGAAGAAUAUGAAUUUUCUGUUCCAAUACAUUCAUUUGGAUCAGUGGAUAUCUCUAGCCAAAACUUAGAUUUCUCUAGUUCUCCUAGGGACUCAUCCAGACAAUCUGCAAGGGAGAUUGAAGCUGAAAUGAAAAGAUUGAAGCAGGAAUUGAAACAAACAAUGGACAUGUACAGCUCUGCAUGCAAAGAAGCUAUCUCGGCCAAAAAUAAGGCCAAAGAGCUUGAUCAGUGGAAGCAGGAGGAGGCUCGUAAGUUUCACGAAGCCAGGCUUGCUGAAGAGAACGCUCUUGCCAUUGUAGAGAUGGAGAAGGCCAAGAGCAAAGCUGCCAUUGAAGCAGCUGAGACAGCUCAGAGGCUGGCUGAGAAGGAAGCUCAGAGAAGAAUACAAGCAGAGAUGAAGGCAAAGAGAGAGGCAGAAGAGAAGAAUCGCGCAUUGUCAGCUUUGGCACAUAAUGAUGUUCGAUACAGAAAGUAUACCAUAGAAGAGAUUGAACAAGCCACAGACAACUUUGCAGAUUCAAUGAAAAUUGGUGAAGGAGGAUAUGGACCUGUGUACAAAGGGAAACUUGACCACACGCCAGUUGCCAUCAAGGUCUUAAGGCCUGAUGCUGCUCAAGGGAGGAAGCAAUUCCAACAGGAGGUUGAGGUCCUGAGCUGCAUUAGGUAUCCUAAUAUGGUACUCCUACUUGGUGCCUGCCCUGAGUACGGAUGCCUUGUGUAUGAAUACAUGGACAAUGGAAGCUUAGAAGACCGGCUACUUAGAAGAGGUAACACCCCACCAAUUUCAUGGAGGAAAAGGUUCAAAAUAGCUGCAGAGAUUUCAACAGCACUGCUGUUUCUUCACCAAGCAAAGCCAGAACCUCUUGUGCACCGAGACCUUAAGCCCGCCAACAUCCUCUUAGACCGUAACUAUGUGAGCAAAAUUAGUGAUGUUGGCCUAGCACGGUUAGUUCCAGCAUCAGUUGCUGAUGAGGUCACACAAUGUCACAUGACUUCAGCUGCAGGCACAUUUUGUUACAUAGAUCCCGAGUACCAGCAAACAGGCAUGUUAACAACAAAGUCAGAUAUAUACUCUUUGGGUAUAGUACUACUCCAGAUUAUCACAGCCAAGCCUGCUAUGGGUCUUUCACACCAUGUCAGGAGGUCCAUUGAGAAAGGAACAUUUGCAGAUAUGCUUGAUCCCACAGUGCUAGACUGGCCUGUUCAAGAGGCUCUAGACUUUGCUAAUUUGGCUUUGAAGUGCACAGAGCUAAGAAAGAGGGAUAGGCCAGAUCUUGGUAAAGUUAUAGUGCCAGAACUUAACCGCUUAAGAGAUUUUGGUAAAAGUAAGGUUGAUGGACUUACUGGUAAUAUGUAUAGCAGAAGUGCUUAUAGUGAUCAUGCACCCAAUUCACUAACUUACAUUACAAGUAGUAGUGAGGAACCAACAAGAAUGAGUACUGGCUCCGACAGAAGUAAGAGAUAG